AUGUCUAGCGAAAUUUCAGUUCCACCGCCAGUAUUAUGGGCACAACGAAAGGAAGAUGUUUUUCUUACAUUUAGUGUGGAAACUAAAGAUCCGACGAUCAAAAUAGAAAAGGAUUCAGUGUAUUUUAGAGGUGAAGGUGCGCCGGAUAAUAGACUACAUGAGGUAACGAUAGCACUGUACGACACUGUUCUUCCGGAAAAGAGUGUUUUUGUAAAUAAGGGCAGAUGUGUGGAGAUGAUAUUACGGAAGGAAAAAACAGAUGGUCCAUUCUGGCCGACGCUAACAAAAGACAAGAAAAAGCCGCAUUACCUGAAAAUUGAUUUCAACAAAUGGAAUGAUGAGGAUGAUGAAGUUGAAGAAAAUAAUUCAUAUGAUUUCGAGCAAAUGCUCCAGAACUUUGGUGGAGCUGGUGGUCCUGGGCAGAAGGCAGAAAAACCUUCGUUUGAUGACUUGGAAACUGACUCUGAUGAUGAGAAUUUACCUGAUCUGGAAUAA